UUGGGCCAAGCCGAAGACCACUAUAUAGCCCAACCUUCCUUCAAAAAACUUGUUUGGCUAUUAUAUCUCAUAGCACCUCGGCAUUAUAGGCUUAUCGCUACCAGUCAAUAUAUCCCUCUUCUAAACCUACCUAUUGUCAUUUGCCCAUACCCAUAGGGAGGGUUAAACUCGAGCCAAAUCAAAACAAGAGUUAAUUCAAGCUUACUCAAAUCUAAAAUUGGUAAACAAUAAUGUUGAAGAAGGAGAACAGUCACUAGAAAAGAUGAAGAAUCAAAUGUAUAUGAGAUUAGAUAUCACACGUAGAGUUGUUUUCUACUGAAAAAUAAAAGUCUUCAGUAUCCAAUCAGCAGCUGUCUUCUUCAUCUCAGUCCACACGAAGUUCAGUUGUUUUUGAAUGUAAAGUAACAGUCUCCAUUGUUUGACUUAUAAAACCCAUUGACUGGUCACUACUACCUAAUUUUCAGUUUCGUUUUCGUUGAUUAUUAGGUCACUCCACGUGCAAAACAAAAUAUGUCAUCCACUUAGUUGGCAGUCCAAUACAUAAAAUCCAUUACGUUUUGUUUUCAAAAUCAAAUCCAACUGCAACAAAACUUUCUAUUGUUUUUUUUUUUUGGGGGGGGGCAAAGCUAUGGAGCUUCCUGAAGCUGGAAAUGUCAGUAGGAUUUUCCUUUUGAGUGUCUUUCUUGUACUGGUUUUCUCUCACAUUGCGGCCUCUCAAACCAUUGUGGAGAGUCUUCCAGGACUUCCUGGGAAGCUUCCCUUCAAGCUAGAAACUGGAUAUGUUGGAGUAGGAGAGAUGGACGAAGUGCAGUUUUUCUACUACUACUUUGAGUCUGAGAGAGACCCGCAGUUUGACCCUCUUCUGCUCUGGCUUACAGGUGGACCUGGUUGUUCUGGCUUUUCUGCCAUUGCUUUUGAAAUUGGUCCAGUUGGCAUUAAUACUACAAGUUUUAAUGGAGGUUUACCAAGUCUUACGCUGAACCCAUAUUCAUGGACAAAGGUGGCCAGCAUAAUAUUCAUAGAUGCACCAGUCGGAACUGGAUUUUCGUAUUCAACUACUGUUGAAGGUGCCAAUAGUUCUGACACUAUAAAUGCUGCCCAGAUAUACGCUUUCUUAAGAAAGUGGAUGUAUCAGCAUCCCCAAUUCAUUGGACAUCAAACCUACAUUGGUGGUGAUUCAUAUUCCGGCAUAAUCGUUCCUAUUGUGGUGACAAAUAUACUCGAAGGUCUUGAAGCUGGCCUGAAUCCGCAUAUUGAUCUCCAGGGAUACAUAAUGGGAAAUCCGGUUACAGAUGAAUACCAUGAUGUGAAUGAAAGGGUACCAUACCUUCACAGGGUGUCGAUUAUAUCGGACGCCUACUAUGAGGCAGCGAAAUUGCAGUGUCACGGUGACUAUGUCAACAUAGAUUAUAACAAUACAUUAUGUGUCACAGCAAUACAAAAUAUUAAAGAGUGUUAUCUGCAAAUAAAGGUCACACAAAUCCUGGAGCCUCAAUGUGCUAUCACAAAACCGAAGGAACCACAAUGGGAUGUGAGAUCUCAGGAAGCAAACACCCAGGACUACCUUGACGCAAACAAGCUUCCUGAAUUGAAAUGCAGGGAAUUCGGGUAUGCACUCUCCUAUAAAUAUAUGAAUGAUAAAUCCGUCCAAAAAGCUCUUAAUGUUCGAGAGGGAACUGUAAAGAAUUGGGCCAGGUGCCUGAAAGUCUUCCCAACCUACACAGAAAACAUUAAUAGCACUGUUGACUAUCACAAAAAUCUUUCAAACACUGGUAUGCGAGCUCUCAUAUACAGUGGAGAUCAGGACUGUUCCAUUUCAUACUUGGCUACGCUAACAUGGAUUAGGCUUCUUGAUGUUCCCGUUUUUGAUGAAUGGCGACCUUGGUAUGUUGAUGGCCAAGUCGCAGGAUACCAAACAAAGUAUAUGAAUGAUCACUACCGGUUGACAUAUGUGACUCUAAAAGGUGCAGGUCAUACGGCUCCAGAGUUCAAGCCAAAACAAGCUCUGGCAAUGGUUGACAGGUUUUUCGCUCGUUAUCCUAUUUAAUUCAUUAUGGCGACUCGCAAUUCCAUUGGAGAUAGAAAUUCAAGUUUGCAGAGCCUAUUCAGAAUAAGUUCUUAUAAAUUAUUAAUGUAAUCAGGGCUUUCUGUAAAAUGUGAACUCCAUUAAUUUUCUAAGAAGAAAAAUUAGAUUCAGUACAAGUCUCUGCUUGUUAAAGCAUAAUAUAAAUUUGGCCUUCACAUUUGCUGGUUCA